GGCAGCUAGCGGGAUAGCCGCGAACUCUAUCCCGAUAGAGGGCAAGCGAUGCCGCACAUCUGUCAGAUCGCUCACAUGCCAAUCGUGUGUUAAAAUGCGUCCCGACCAGGACAACGGUUUGAAACCAGUUGUUCGACAUCUGACUUGAAAACCGAUUUGCUGCGCUGGAUCGCUCGGCGGUUGGAGCCACACUUCAGACCGAGGUAACCGCGGGUUGCAUGUCUCCUCUGUGUCUGUCCGCAGUGGUGGUCCGACACAAGGCCGAUUCCCGGGAUCUCUGCGGAGAGUGAGACAUGGGAUAAGUGUGAACCGCGGCCACAGGAUGGACAGCGAGGAGGGCAACGCGUGCCAAGAGGAGAAGCUUGCGUCUGCUGUGGAUGACACUCUGAAUGAAUAUUUAAUCACCCUCCAGCACAAAAACAGGAUCCUCAAGCGCCUUAAAGCCAAAGACUCCAGGGAGAUUGAGCUGGAAAAGCUGGAGCAAGGUUUCUCCAUAUAUCUUAACGGAGCCAAUGCUGAAACCGGUAGGAAGCCGCUCAAAAGCUCCAGCCACAAGUCCACUACCUCCUCACCUGCUUUGAGGCCUGCACGCACAGCAGAUGUCUGUAGAAGUGCCCACCAGUUGAGCGAAGACGGCCAUAAUCUGGAGCAAACCUACGUGACGCGGAGCCACACAGCCCCGGGCAAGGUCCAGAGGAAAGAAUGGGUGCAGAAUUCUGUCAAAGUUCGAACAGAGGAAGGAUCCAAUUUACUGUUAUGCCCAGAAACGCGCUACUCUGAGGAUUUUGAGCCCUACAAAAGCUUAGACAUGGAGAGCUCCAGUCUGCGCUCUCCUCGCAGUCCCUGCUCCCCGAGGGACAAAUGCAAGAGCCAAGGAGGUCAAACAAGCCAGGAGCACAGUGAGAAGGUGCUCCUCAACCUGGAGGAAGUGAAGGUUCUGCGUCGGAGCCUGGUGGUCAGCAUGAGGCGGAGCAGCCGCGACUCCGCGGGGGAGGAGUCGGAGGAGGAGUGGGUGGAGGAGCAGAUUGAGAGAGAGGAGAGCACAGAGAGUCUGGAUGAACUGGGGCUCCCUCUCUCGUCCUCCAAGUCCUCCUCGAGCCCUCGGCCCAGCAGCUCCCACGACCAUUUUGACUCCUCGAACCUCAUUGUCCUGGACUUUGCACUCUCACCUAAAGGUCGUAAGAUUCAACGUUCUCUGUCUGCAAAAAGGAAAGACAACUUUGACACCUACAUACAAACCAAGCCUAUGUUGGUGAAGAGCAAGACAUUAGAUAGGCCCCCUUCAGAAGGGACCUGGGAUGGGCAGAGGUCAAGAGGUCGUGUGGAAAGGCCCCUGUCAGCACCCAGGAAGGCUUCGGUGGAGGAGCAGGACCCGGAGGAGGUGGCGUGCCGGGUUCGCCAGGCCAUCCAGAGAGAAAACCACUCGGUGCAGAGUCCUGAGCUCCUCAGUCGCAGCACGGGCAGGGCACACCAGAUAACAAAUGGCUUAGUGCACCACAACACCCACGACAAGAAUGAGAGCAGUGUUAGUUUGGCCAUGCAGAAAAUCACUCUUAUGGGCCCCAGGCAACAACAGAAACUGCUGAUGGCCUUGGAGAAACUGGAACCCGGGCCCGGCUGCAACAUUCCUCAGAGCGUCCAAACAGAGAGCAGAAAGGAGCCGAGAGUUCAGUCCUCAGCCGAGGUCACCCCUGCAUGGUACGUUACCAUGGAGAUCCUGUCGAACUGGGGGAACGCGUUGCAGGUCGGCCUGACGGAGCUGCAGUUCUUCUGCCUCCGCAACAGGAAGCUGUACGUGUCGCCGCACGACCUGGACAUCAGGAACACUGACUUCCCCGGGAAUCUGGGGGCGCUCGUCAAUGGAAAGGCCAAGACCACCAAAGAGCGUCACAUGUGGACGUGUCCGUACCACCCUCCCAUCCAGCUCUACUUCAUCAUCAGGAACACGGAGCGCUCCCUAGACUUUGGAAUAUCCCGCAUCAAAAUCUGGAACUACAACCGAAGCCUCAAUGAGCUUGACAUCGGUGCUCGGCAUAUUAAGCUGUACCUCAACAGCACGUUGGUGUUUGAAGGCGAGCUGGAGAAGGGCUGCGGCAACCAGGUCUAUGACUACAGCACCGCGGUCGAUCUCUUGGAUUUCCAGAUCCCAGACUCUGUGGUUUCCAGCCCUGUGUGUUCAGGACACAAUCUGCGGGGGGUCAGCCCCCAGCGCCAUGAGGACAGGAGUGGCGGGGAGGCCAGCACCGUCCAGCAACACCCCAUAUCAGACACCCCAGGCCAGGCUAUGAUAGACAUGCAGGAGAAAUCCCAUAUGUCACUACCACCGAUCACACCUUCAGCAGUGGGGGUUUCAUCCUCCUCUCGCCACCCAUCCGCGCAGAGACUUUUUUUCGACCUGCCCGCCUCAGAAGAGCCCGUCUCUCUCAGGCAGCAGGCGGUGCAGCCAGUGCCCAUUGAGCAGACUGUCACCACCCAGCCAUCCUCGACACGCGUGGCCCCCCAGUGGCUGCAGCCCCUGAACAGAGAAGUAGCAGAGGGCUGCGAGGCCGGCAGGGAGAGGCCCAGGUGGCUUGUGCCUCAGCACUCCACAGAGCCCAAAUUAUCACCAGCCUCAUCCUCUUCCCUGCUCCCGGAGCUGCCCUGUAACCCGGGCCGGGUGUGCAGAGGGACUGAGAGGACAGUGAACGGGAGUCAGUGGAACGCGGACUCUCUGGACGUUAGCUGCGACCUGCUGGAGGAGCUGGGGGAGCAGAAGCCGGACAGACCCAUCAGCGGACGCAGGAGCUCAGUUCGAAACAGUGUAGUUUCUGUUUCCGCCAAACAGACGGAGGAGCAGAACCUCAGAGCUGCAACACUGUCAAACACAGAGGAGCCACUGUCAUUGGUGAACACCAACAGGAGGCAGUGUUCGUCUCGGGCCCAGCUGCACAGCCAGCAGGAUGACAACCUCAUGGAGUCCUGGGACUCCCUCAUUAAGUUCAACAAAUGCCAACGUGGACGCAUCGCCAACAUGAGCUAUGAAGGAGACAUCUUCGAUGACUUCAUCCAGCAGCAGGGCCUUUCUCCCUCCACAGUCCCAUCCAACCCCUCCAUGGCACCUAGGAGCCCCCUUUCCUCCUUGACUACUCAGGGGACUCUGUGCGAUGUCCCUGACGAUGAUCCAUCCAUGGAGCGGGAGGACGAGUUUGAAAUCCCAGUUCUGCCACUGGGUCAAAGGCUGGUCAUCAACAUCCUGUCUACCUGGGGCGACCGCCACUACGUGGGCCUCAAUGGCCUGGAGGUGUUCAGCUCCAGCGGAGAGCCUCUGCGACCUGCUCACAUCCGGGCGGAUCCUCCAGACAUCAACAUUCUCCCUGCAUAUGGCAAAGACCCGCGAGUCGUUCACAACUUGACCGACGGCGUCAAUCGCACACAGGACGACAUGCAUCUCUGGUUGGCCCCGUUCACACCCGGUCGCAACCACACCGUCUUCCUGGACUUCGGAGCCCCCUGCCAAGUGGCCAUGAUCCGUGUGUGGAACUACAACAAGUCUCGCAUCCACUCUUUCCGGGGGGUGAAAGAAGUGGAGAUGCUCUUGGAUGGAAGGUGCAUCUUCAGGGGAGAGAUUGCCAAAGCUUCAGGGAACCUGUCCGGAGAGCUGGACCAGUUCGGGGACACUAUCCUGUUCACCACGGAUGAUGACAUCCUGGAGGCUAUGUCUCGUUACGAUGAAACCUUCCUCAGUGAAGGUGAGGGCCGUGAGAGUCUGUCGAAUGAGGAGGAGCUGCAGAGGCCGCGCACCGCCGAUGGAGAGGGAGAGGAGAGACCCUUCACACAGGCCGGUUUCCGAGAGGAAGACCUCGCUUUGAAACUUCAACUCAACCCCACCGUGAGCCAGUCUGAGAAGAACAUGGAACAUAUUCCGGGGAUGUUCACUGGAAAGUGCCUCAGACUGGAGCUGUUGCUCACUUGGGGGGACUCCCACUACAUGGGCCUGACUGGAUUGGAGGUGGUGGGGAAAGAUGGAGAGUAUGUGCCUUUAGACCUCGGUAUGAUGGCCGCGUCACCCUGCGACCUCAACGACCUGCCUGAGUACGGACAGGACCAGCGAACACUCGAUAAGCUUGUUGAUGGCCAAAACAUUACCACUGAAGACCAGCACAUGUGGCUGAUCCCUUUCUCCCGUGGAGAUUCCCACACCCUGAACAUUACGUUCCCCACAGCCCAGACCAUCGCAGGACUCCGCAUCUGGAACUACAACAAGUCUCCUGAGGACUCCUACAGAGGGGUGAAGUUGAUCCAUGUUUUUGUGGACGAUGUCGCGAUCUCCCCGGCGGAGGGAUUCCUCAUCAGGAAAGGGCCGGGCAACUGCCACUUUGACUUUGCACAGGAGAUCCUGUUUGUGGACUUCCUGCAGACGCCGACUGACAGCAGCAGCUCUGAAGACCACCACAAAGUCAGCGCUAAGAAACAGGAGCAGGCCAGCAUGGACUAUGAAGCUCCCAUCAUGCCUUGUGGCUUCAUUUUUCAGCUGCAGCUUUUAACAACCUGGGGAGAUCCGUACUACAUCGGACUCAAUGGCCUCGAGUUUUACGACCACAACCACCAGAAGAUCAGUCUCAGUGACAACAACAUUGCUGCUUUUCCCGACAGUGUGAACGUGCUGGACCAUGUGAGUGGUGAUGUCAGGACCCCAGAUAAAUUAAUAGAUGGAGUCAACAGUACCCAGGAUGGAAGACACACGUGGUUAGCCCCGGUUCUCCCAGGCCUGGUGAACCGUGUGUACGUCAUCUUUGAGCAGCCGGUGACCGUGUCGAUGAUCAAGCUGUGGAACUAUUCUAAAACGCACCAGAGGGGAGUGAAGGAGUUCGGGCUGCUGGUGGACGACCUCCUCGUGUACAACGGCAUCCUGGACAGUGUGAGCCACGUGGCUCGGGGCAUUCUGCCGACCUGUGACCCGGUGGUGCCCUACCACACCAUCCUGUUCUCAGACGAUCCCUACAUCACACACUGUGAGAGGAACACCGUCAUCAGCCCCCUUGGCAGCAGACACUACCCACAUAAUUACGUGGAGGAUCAGGAUGUGAAGAUGACCAAUGACAACCAGAUAGUCCAUCACACCAAGAUGAAGCAGACGGCCGAUCCAGCUCUUCGACCCAAGACCUGCAUGACAGACGGUGGGAAACAUGGCAAGAGGAGGUACUGACUUUUUUAAAGCCACUUUCUGGUGGAUGACCUCCCUUACAACGAGAUAUCCACAUCAGCCCCCCGAGCCGUGGUUUGUAGUGUUGGCUUGACACCCCCCACCGAAAAGGACAGAGGCUGCACGAUGGGUUUACACACACUCUCCCUCUCACAGAAUUCCACUUUAUGGUUGGAUCCCUCGCUUUCGACCCAACGCCCACACGUACAUAUUAAUUAACCCCGACACGUUCUACGUCGUUGCCCCGGUCGUCCGUCCCACGGUGCCAGGAUAAAUCUGUCAGGCUGCAUUUUACCAGCCCUGUUCUUGUGCCUCGUACCUAACACUAUAUCUGUGGCUGCUACCUGUGACUUUUGUGCUGCAUAUUUAAAGGCUGCUUGUGGCGUGUUUUGAAAAAAAGGAGAAGAAAUACAUUUGCUGUGAGGCCACACAGAUACACCACUCGUAAUGCUAUGCAGACACCUAUUUAUACCUGUUGAUCAUUUAUACCUGGUAGCUAUUAUAUUUCAAAGCUAGUGGCUUUACUUUGGGAAGUGCUUCUACGCAGGUUUUGACCUUUUACAAGAUUUAUAUUGGAGAUGAAAGUGCCAGUAGUCACACGUUUGUACGUUUCAAGCAAAAGGAAAAAAGAAAAGUGCAUGUACAACUUCAGAGUAUGUUAAAUAAAAAAAUUCCACAGUUGUUUUCAACAUA